AUGGCGACCAUGGACCAUGCGAGGCGGACACGUAUACCGUGGUUCAAGAUGCUGGCCAUUCGAGACAUAGUCACGUCACAAGUGUUAAAGUACAACUACCCGGGCAGCGGCACUCUCGAUGAUCCCUACAUUGUCAUGUUCCUAGAGGACGACCCCAGAGAUCCGAUGGGCUUCCCGCUGUGGCUGCGCUGGAUCAUGUGCAUCGCUGCCGGAUAUGUCACGUUCUCAGUGGCGUUCAUUUCCAGCGCCUUCAGUGGCAGUAUCCGUGAGAUCUCUCAGGAUCUGGAUGCCAGUCCUGAAUCGGCCACGCUAGGUCUUAGUCUGUUCCUGUUGGGGUUCGUUCUCGGCCCAUUGCUUUGGGCUCCGUGUUCAGAGCUUUUCGGACGGCAGCUCAUUCUCUUGUCCACAACUGCGAUACACGUCUUCUUGAAUAUUGCAGCGUGCUUCAGCCAGACCCUCACCGUCCUUCUGCUGCUCCGUCUCCUAUCUGGUGCUUUCGGAGCGGCCACGCUGACCAAUUCCGGAGCCGUCAUCGCCGACAUUUUCUCGCCAAGGCAACGCGGGCUCGCUAUCACCGUCUACGCGCUGGUACCGCUCUUCGCCCCGGUUUUGGGACCCGUGGUCGGGAAUUUUGUUUCGGGCAUCUUGGGUUGGCGCUGGUGCAUGGUCUCGAUGGCGUUGCUGUCCGCAACGGCUUUGGCUGUGGCCACUAUGGUGCUUCCUGAGACGUACGCCCCCUUCCUUCUUGACAGGAGGGCCCGCCGGCUCACCGAGAUGACGGGGCGGCAUUACGCCUCCGCCACGGCCAACGCUAGAGACAACGAUGGCAGCCAACGCCCGUCAUUCGCUACCACGCUAUCGAGGCCCUUCGUGCUGGCUGCCAACGAGCCCAUCAUCAGCCUUCUCGCCCUGUAUCAGGCUGUCGUCUUUGGCACACUAUACUUCAUGUUUGCCGCGCUUCCUCUCGUUUACACCGACAUCUUGGGCUGGCCCAGAGAGAGGAGCGGCCUUUCGUUUCUCGGGGUUGUGCUUGGCAUGUCGCUCUCGGUGCUGUUCGCCGUCUGGGACAAUGCACGUUAUGUAAGGACAUUGGAGCGGCUCAAAGAGGAUGCGGCUCCGCCUGAGACGCGUCUUGCUGCCUGUUGUCUAGGUGGCGUCAGCAUUGUGGUCGGCUUGCUUUGGUGUGCCUGGACCGCUAGGCCUGGGCUCCCCUGGCUCAUCAACAUGGCCUCGGGUGUGCCCUUCGGCUUCGGCAUCGUCCUGGUCACGAUCGGUUCGACCAACUACCUGGUUGACGCCUACACCAUUUAUGCCGCUUCGGCACUGACAGUCUGCAUUUGUGGGCGGGCCAUCUGGGGGGCGGUGUUUCCAAUUUUUGUACGCAGCAUGUUCGCAUUCUUCGGCGUGCAGUGGAGCCUGGCAAUUCCUGCCGCCAUGAGCCUCAUCUGCCUCCCAUUUCCGUUUGUAUUUUAUUGGUUUGGACCAGCAAUUCUCGAGCGGUGCAAAUAUGCAGGCGAGGCUCGUAGGGCAGCAAAACGGGCGAGGCGACAGGUGGACGAAAACACCCCGUUGCUAGCAUAG